AUGAAUUAUGAUAGUUUCAAAAGGAAGUGGUGGAAGAGGGAGCCAAAGGAGGAGGCUCAGUACAGUUCUGAUGUUGUAAGAGAAUCAAUAAAGUUGAGUCCAACAGAACAAGAGUUUUAUAUGAAUCCUCGAAAUAAUCAUUUAGAUGUUUACACAAAGAGGACAACUUUAAAAGUUUUCACAUUUGUCGUCAAUCUUAAAUCAUACUCAGGAGAAAAGAAGAUAUUUCAAUGUUCUGGGACUAUUAUAGAAAGUGUGGAUAGUUACAAAUUAGUAUUUGUUAAUCUCUUGAUUAUUGGUGAUCCUCUUUAUGUUAUCGUGCACCUAUUUGAUGAAAGAUCAUUUGAUGGUCAAAUUGAGUCAUAUGACCUCCACUACAAUGUUGUUGCCAUAAAGAUUCAAUCAAACACACCACUUUCAAUUGCAUCCCUUGCUCAUUUAAGUGAUUCUAUCAUGAUUGAUCCGAGUCAGCUCCGGAGUACUGAGGAGAAGUCAUUUCAAUUUCGUCCACAUUCAAAAUCAUUUGAUCAUAUUUUCGGAGACAUAGUUAUUGCACUUGGACGUUUUUAUGCUAAGCCAUAUGAUAUCACGACUGCUCCUGGUGAAUUCUGCAUUGAUCGUUGUGACGAUGACUUAGAGUGUAAAGAGCCUUUCAAGGCGACUUGCAAAAUUAUGAGAUCGGAGGAGCAGAGAGAAAGAGGCGAAGGGGAGGAGAAAAGAAAGGCGGAGGUGUUGCCACCUCUGGUCCCUGUCGGCUGCUGGUUCUGUGGAGUUGAUGGCUUCGCCUGGCUGCUUGGAGCAGUCGCUACUGCUGUCAUGCACCUCGCCAGGCGUUGCUGUCGCUGGUCGGAGCACUGCUCCGAUUGCUGCUGCCCGGAGAAAAAAAAGAGACGGGGCGAGGGAGAAGAGGAGAGAGAGGAAGAGAAGGCGGACAGGAGAGGAGGAGAAGGUGAAGAGGAGAGGAGAUCGGCCUCUGGUUCUCGUCGGAGACUUGCCAUCGUCGGUGGAGUUGAAGGGAAAGGCGGCUGA